AUGACCGAAGAAAUAUCACAAAAUAUCACAACUGAUGAUAGUAGAAUUAUUACUGAACAGAAUGUUAAUACGUCAACAACAACAACAAUGAUGGAUACAUCAACUAAAGAACAACAAAUGAAUGUUGUCGAUGAUGCAACACUUCAAGCAGUACUUAGUUCAAUGACUGAACCACAAGUACAUGACUUUCUUGAAGAACUUAAUAAAACAGGCAAAGCAUAUUUACCCGGUAUUGGUCAAACAAUUGAAUUAUUAACUGUACCUGCUCCUGCGGAAACAUCAACAGAACCAUCUACUAUUACCGUUCUACCGUUAUCUCAAAUUUCUCAAUCUCAACCAUCAGCUGAAAUUCUUCUUCAAGAAUUAACAUCACUUAUUCAACAGCCACCAGCUGAUAUUGUACCAAUUGGUAUUGAACAAAAAUUUAUUGAACAACCAAUUGAAACUAAAUCAAAUAUUCAUAUUAAUACAUUCGGAUCACGUCAAUCUCGUACAGCUAAUACAUAUGGUGGUACACCUGUUGUUGGUCGACCAGGUACAGCUGUUAAAUCAACAAUAACAUCAAGUGGAGGAACAACAAUUCGUAAACCUUUACAACAACAACAAACAAUUAAUGAUGAACGAAUGUUUUUUGGACGACCAGCAACUGUCGGACUAGGACAAUAUCAUAAUCGUACUGGAUUAAUAUCUAAUAAACAACAAUCAUUAACAUCAUCAUUAGGACAACAACGACGUAUAACAACAUCAAGUAAUAUUGAACAUCAUCAACAAUCUUCUCAACGACGACCACUUUCUUGGUUUCAAAAUCGUUCUCGACAUCGUUCAUCCGAGGAUGAUGAUGAUGAUGCUGAUUCAGAUCGUGAUUUAUCUCCUCCAUCAUAUUCUAUGAGUGGUAAUGAUAAUUUAGGUCCAACACGUCGUUCAACACGUGUACCUAAACCAAAACAAGAUGCUGAUUUUGUUACAUUUCCAUUAUUGGAUCGUGAUGAACAUGGAAAUCCUAUUCCACCAACACCAUCAUCAAUGCCAUUACAUAAAGCAGAAGAUGAUGAAGAUGAUAUACCUUAUCGUUUAAUGGAUUAUCCACGACCACCACAACAAUCUCAAAUUUCAUCUGGAACAUCAUCACAAACAACAACUAUUGGACCAGGAAGAAAACCACGUGCAAUAACUGAUAUGCGUACAACAACAACAACAACAACAACAACAAUCGCAAAUAAAAAACAACCACGUUGGCCUGAUGAUGAAUUAUAUCAUGUAAAAUCUUUUAUACCACUUAUUAUGCCACAACAAAUAACAAAUCCAUCAACAAUGAAAAAUAAAAUGACAAUGUGUAAACCAUUAGUAUUUGAACGAGAAGUUGAAGCUAAACCAACAAGAUUUACUAUAGCAACACAAACAGAAAUGGAACAUAUGAUUCCAGAUGUACCUUUAGUUACAUUACCUGUACCACUUUAUCUUCCAUCACCAUCACCAAGUUAUCGACUAUUUCAACCAAAAGCAGUACCAAUUCCUGUACCUGUUUUUGUACCGAUUAUGAUACCUGUAUCAAAAAAAACUUAUAAAAAUAUUCGAGAAUAUCUUCAAACUCAACGUGAUCUUUUACCAGAUGAUCCAUUUGAAGCAGCACUUGUUAUGCAUGCUGAAAGUCUUGUACGAGCUGAAAAUCAACCACAACAAACAAUAACAAGUCAUGUUAAUGAUUCAAUGAUGAUGAUGGAUUUAACUCGUGAUGAUUCUUAUUUAGCAACAUCACAAACUAUUGAAAAUUUACCUGAACUUGAUCUUGAAGCACAUUAUAUUGAUCCUAUAACAUCAAAUGAUCCUGAAGUUCAAAAACUUCUUCGAAUGUUACCCGAUGCUGGUGAUCAUCUUAAAUGGACUUAUGGUGUUGAAGCAUUUCAACAAUGGUCUACACAACGUAAUCGAUCUAUCUUAUAUCCAUCAACAUCAACUACACCUGAAGAUGAAGCAAUAGCCAAAGAAUAUCUAAUUAAAUCCGAUUUACUUUCAUAUACAAAUGGAGAUGAAUUACAACCUGUUAUGGAUGUAUUCAUACGUGAAGUUCGUCGUCCAACAGGUCAUCAAUAUUUACCAGAAAGCAUCUAUUAUCUUUGUUUAGGUAUACAAUUUUAUUUAAAUUUAAAUAAUCGUCAAAUUGAUUUAUUUGAUCCACGUUAUAUUGAAUUUAAUUCAACAUUAAAUAAAAUUCUUUUAAAUUAUAUACCACGUGUUGUAACUGAUUCUAAUACAUAUGUAUCAUUAAUUGAUGAAGAUUUAUUAUAUGAUGUACAUCAAUUUGGUACAUUAACACCAUGGUCUUUAUUAACAACACUUAUUUAUACAAAUACAAAAUAUUUUAAUUUAAAAACUGUUGAAUCACAUAUGGCUAUAUCAUUUGCAAAUUUUGGAAAAUAUUCUCAAUGGAUACGUUUAUCAACAAGUAUACCACAAGGACAACAAAUGAAUUAUUUAAGAUUUUAUGCUCAUAAUCCUGAUCUGAAAUCAUUAGCAAAUUCACCAACUGUUUAUGAAAUAACUGAACAAAUGAAUGAUCCAAUACGAUGUCCAAUAAAACAAUAUGAUUUUUAUAUUUCAAAAUGUCCUGAACAAAUACGUGGUACAGCUGAUAUUUUCUAUUUACAUCCAAUAACUGGACAAAUUCUUGAAAAUUCACCUUGGUUUUCUAAUGAACCAUUAUCAGCAACAAUAAUUGAUCAAAUACUUAAUCGUCUUAAACUUCUACCUGAUUAUUAUAAUCAAACAAAACCUGUUGAAACUAAUAACAAUGUUACAACAUCACAAUCAACAAGUAUUAGUUAA